AUGGACUCCGCCUCUUCAUCACAAGACCCCCUCGUGUUACCUCUAAAAGCACAAAAAACAACACCACAAACACCUUCACGUAAGCUCUCAUUCCAUCAUAACGUCACGCUAACCGUCUCACUGACAGUAGGCUCGCCCCCACAGAACGUUACCAUGGUCCUGGACACAGGCAGCCAACUCUCCUGGCUCCACUGCAAAAAACUCCCAAACCUAAACUCAACCUUCAACCCACUCCUCUCUUCUUCCUACACCCCAACUCCAUGCACAUCUUCUCAAUGCGAAAUUCAAACUCGAAACCUUACCAUACCAGCUUCCUGCGACAAAAACAAACUCUGCCACGUCAUCGUCUCCUACGCCGACGCCUCCUCCGCAGAGGGCACACUCGCCGCGGAAACCUUCUCCAUCGCCGGAGCCGCGCAACCCGGAACGUUAUUCGGGUGCAUGGACUCGUCCGGGUGCAGCUCCGAACCCGAAGAGGAUUGGAAAACAACAGGCUUAAUGGGAAUGAACCGUGGCUCGCUCUCGCUGGUGACACAAAUGAAAGAAGAGUUUCUGGAGCAGACGAAGGGGGUGCUGACGAGGAUCGAGGAUCCAAAUUUCGUGUUUGAGGGGGCGAUGGACCUGUGUUACCGGGGUCCGGUGAGUCUUGCGGCGGUGCCGGCGGUGACGCUGGUGUUUGAGGGGGCGGAGAUGAGGGUGUCCGGGGAGAGGGUGUUGUAUAGGGUUAGGAAGGGGAGUGAUUGGGAACAACACAAUGUUCCUUACGCUUGAAAGUAGAGAAUUAAAGUCAACUAUACAAUUAAAGAACCUAUUCCAUGCUAGAAUUGUGCUCAAACGUUAGGAUUAAUUGCACCUCUUUCAUCUAAUCAUUAUAAAUGAGUCAGCUAUCUAAAUAUAUACCAUUAGUCUACUAGUAUACAUUCUAGCAUGGACAUUUUAUUGUCU